AUGUCCAACAACGAGCCCCCACCACCUCCCCCGCCCAUGACACUGCCAGCACCACCACCCACAGCUGCAGCUGCUCCUGCAGCGGCACCCUCCGCGCCUCCCCCUCCUCCACCAGCAGCAAUCGCGCCCACGGACACCCCGUCGGCUUCGUCCGCCCCGCUUCCUGCUCCUCCCCUAACAACCACCCCACCCACCCCGUCCAUCGGCGCCAGCUCCAUCGCAGCCGUCGCCCCCGCCGUGCUCGGCACCGCAGCCGCCGCGACAUCCACCCACGCCGCGUUCGCCGCCGCACCAGCGUACGCGUCCCCGCCGCCCGUCCACCACCUGGCCCACGCGCCCACCACGCUACGCAUCACCACGCUCCCGGCCCAGCUCAAGCGGCUGGCAUACAUCGUCUCGCUCGUGCUGGGUGGAAGCGCCGUCGUGGCGGGGAUCUGGUCUGCGUUCCUCUUGCCUCUGCUGCACGCGACGUUUAGCGCGCGCGCAGCCCUCGUCGCGCCCCAGCGCGAGCGGUGGCGCGCCAUCGUCGACAGGCUGCGCGAGAUCCGCGUCAUGGACAUUUUCACCGACGUGGUCGAGGACGACGAGGCGCGCUCGGUCGUGAGUGUGCGCAGUGGGGCGGGCGGCGAGCUCGUGCGCGCGCGCACGCGCGACUCGGAGCGCAAGGACGCAAAGGACAAGGACGCAGGCAAGGACAAGGACACUGGCAAGGACCUGGCGCUGGCGCGCACGACCGCCGUCCCGGACUCGCCGCGCUCGGCGUCGAUCCACACCGCGGCCGACGCGCUGCUCGACUCGGAACCGGGCCCGGCCAAGCUGUUCGGCGACGUGUCGCCGCUGUCGUCUGCGCUGCGCGACCUCGCGUCCUCGCUCGACGCCACGGCCACGACGCGCACCUCGCUCGUGUCCACCCUCGAGACGUACACGGGCGGCCUACACCGCGAGAUCUUUGCGCGCGGCGUCGGCGCGUCUUCGAGUAACCCGUGGGCGGGCGUGCCCGGCGCCGCGACGGGCAAGGUCGGCCUCGGCACGCUCGGCGCCAACCUCGCCAAAGCCGGCGGCGGGAUCGGCGGCGGCAGCUCGCCCCACGGUCACGGGCAUGGACACGGCCACGAGACGAGCCCGAUGGGACUGCCCGCGGCCAAGAGCGAGGAGUGGGACGCGGUGCGGCGCGAGGUGCGCGCUAUCAAGGGCAUGUUGCUCAACAGGCGCAACUUUACGCUGCCGCCGCGCACGCCGGCGUAG